CUGAGAAGACUGAGGCGCGCACUAUCAGGUCCGCUUCUCAAUAAGGGAGUCGCGGCCAAGAGCAGACAGAGCAUUCAUUCCGCCGGAGCCUUUUGCUACGCCGGAGAAGUAAAUUAGCUCCCUGUCAUCUGGUCCCCGGAGCCCAGGAGGACUCCAGGAGGAGCUCAUUUUCUAAUUCUCACCUCUGGCUGUUUGUGAUCUGGAUUUUGGAGGAACUUGUCAGCUGUUGGGGAGGAUAUACUCUAUUAAUUCCUUUUUCAUGUAACAGAAGAGAAUUAAACUGCCGGCUCGGGGAAGAUGGAUAAAUUGAAAACAAAGGAGUGAGUCUGCCGGGGCAGGCAGCGACGACCCUCUUCCCUCCUGAACACUGCUCAGACCGGCCUCACCAUGUCCUGGAUACUCGUCUUGUGGAUUAGCCUCGGCUUCCUGUUGCUCUGCCAAGCGACCCUCUACCAGACCAUCCAGCAGCACCACGUGGCCCGACCGGGACGCACUGACAUCCUCACUCUGGAGGGCGGGACAUGUGAGGUGAUAGCAGCGCACCGGUGCUGCAACAAGAACCGGAUCGAGGAGCGUUCGCAGACGGUCAAGUGCUCCUGUUUGCCGGGGAAAGUAGCCGGGACGACACGCAACAAACCCUCCUGUGUGGAUGCGUCAAUCGUCAUCGGCAAGUGGUGGUGCGAGAUGGAGCCGUGCCUGGAGGGAGAGGAGUGCAAGACUCUGCCUGACAACUCCGGUUGGAUGUGUUCUUCUGGGAACAAGAUCAAGACCACGAGGAACACCCAGCCAUACUCCCCUUUUUAGCUUCUGGAAGCAAAAUGCAGAGGACGCGUCCACAGAAAUUGAGCUGCAUUCUUGCUUCUGUAAAGAUUAAUCCCAGGACCUAACAGAGAGCUCCCUGGCUGGGCUGCGCUCCAGGAUCUUCCCCUCAUCUUCCCUGUCUCUACACGCCGUGCGGACUAACACUAUUACAUCCACGACUGGAUUACCUGCGAGCACAGAGAAAGGAUAUCCAGCAGAUAAGACAGCUUUGCUUGCGUGGUGCCAAGGAUUUGAAACCACACUAAUCCCCCGUUUGAUCAAUGAGCCCCACGUUGGUGACUCUUCUCUUCCAGUUCCAGCCCUGCUCUGCCGGAUCUUACCCCCCGUUUUGCCCCAUCCCGUGACCAAAACGGCUGGAUUUCUGUGGAACUCCUGCGGCGGCGCGAUGACACCCUUUGGUUCGGUGGUGUUCGGAUCACUUGCUGGACUGUUUUGCAGUGACUUCCCAGCAGAAAAACGUAACGAGCGUCUGCCCGUGGCCUCAUUUACCAUGACCAGAUUUCAGUUUCCUUUUUAGGGCAUGCCAGUGUAAACUUCAAGAGACCUUCUUUGUAUGUACAAACUGUGUAUACUGUAUAAAUAGAUAUAUUGAGACGUUACAUAUGAAGUAAGAGAUCCAAGAUUAUAUGUGAGUCAUGGAAUUCCGUUCAAUAUAAGUACAAAUAUUGUGUUUUCGACUGCGGAAGCUUCUGCUCUACCAACCCCACACAAGCAACAGACGCAAGGAAUUAUCUGACAGCCACAAUCGGACCUUAAUCUGAGAUCUCUCCUGCGUCUCUGCCAUUCAAAGUGUUGAUAAACGUUUCCGCGGCGCUGGAAAGUCUCCAUCAUUUAUCCAGAAAAUGAGGCCGUGACGGAGGGAAACAGCCAGUUGGCUUCUACGGAUGUGAGGACACGACAGAAGACUCUUCUGGGAGAUUGAAAAAAGGUUUUCUAUGCUCAUAUCCAGUAGCACAUUUCUGCAUACGUAACUCUUGCUUUGGAGCGCGUCUUCUCGUUUCUUUGUUUCCAUGAUUUGGUCGUUCAAAGUCAGAAUUGUAUUCACACAACCAUUUUUUUCCCCGUUUCGUUUUGUUAUUGAUUUCAGCAGCCUAAUUUUAUACCUAGUCGUCGCUCAUUAAACCCACAGCGUUAUUGAAAGCAACAGACUCAUUUUUUAAAUGAGAAAUCUUGUGUCCUUACCUGGAAAGAUCAUCUGGGAGUUUAUCGCACGUUCUGUAUGACGAUGAUUCAACGGCAUCUGAAAGUGUGCAAUAUGCAUUUUCAGCCCACUUGCUGUUUUUUAAGGGCUCAAACUACAGUAGUAAUGACUCAGUUUAGGAGAACAAUUCGACAUGUUUUGUUUGUUUAUGGCCCAUGCCAGUGUCAGCACUGAGCACACCACCUCAUCUGCACUCAGACCCCAAGUUUUAAAAGGUUUUCUCUAUAUUAUCCAUGGAAAAAAAGAAUCCGUGUAGCCCAUUACUGUCAUUUCUGUUGUGUUCAAGACACGGGGCGGGACCCAAGUGCAGUAAUGGAAGAGUCAGAGGAGGCUGACAGCAGGUCGAAUACAAUAGUCAAAAAUACAACAAAAAGCAUCACGAUCCGGGAGAAAUAAACUUAAGUCCAAAAUGUUUCCGAACUGGGAUGAGUCCGCAACGGAUUAAAGUCCAACCAAAAGUGUCACCAAAUCUGGAGAACGAAUCCAAGCGGAGUCUGUAAAUAGAGAAAACAAACACAAUGAACAGUAAAACACAAGCUAACUACAGUGGUCGUCAAAACAAACGCACGAGCAGUGAAAAGCAACAUCAAAGAGAAAACCAGGAAGCAACACGGUGCAAAUAGACAAAAGGAAGAACGGCACAAAACUCAGAGCACCCGGGUUUUAGAAGGAGUGAACCAAAGAUAAGCCAACGAACAGAUAAAAGAGCGACGGAACAAGAACCUGGGACACAAAUGAAGUCGAUCUGGCACACGUUGCUGGAGUACAGGUGUUUUUAUGCACAGAUGCGGAUAAUCAACUCCAGGCAUGUGCCCCAAAAACGGGAA